AUGAAAUUCCCAGCACUAGUGUUUCUGGCCCUCCUAAUGGAUUUCGACGAAACAAUAACAAUAAAAGACAGCACAUCCCACAUCUCUCACCUCGCAUACGCCAACGAUCCUACUCGCUCUCCACUAUGGAGCCACUUCACAUCGUACUACUAUGAAGACUGGGAACGUCAAGCAAACAGCUCUGAAACCCGCAAUGCAUCAACUCUAGAAGCAUACUUGACAUCAUUCAGACAUGUCGAAGAAGCAUCCAUUGCACGUAUCAACGACUCAAAGGUUCUACGUGAUAUCGAACGCCAUGAUUUAUCUGAUGGAGUUGACAACGCGAGUCUCGUACAGCCAUUCUUUUACGACUUCUUGGAUGCAUAUAAGCACGCGCAUCCUGAAACAAAGAAUAUAAAGAUCGUUUCUUUGAACUGGAGUAAGGAUCUCGUGUCUGGCGUAUCGGGUGUGCCUAAUGAAAAUGUCAUUUCAAAUGAUUUGGAGUUUGACGGGGAUGUAUCUACGGGUUUUAUUGCAGGAGGUGUGUUUACAGGUGUGGAUAAGCUGGCGAGUCUGCAAGCUGUGAUGCCGGAUUUUGGAGGUGAAGAGUUGUAUGGGAUUGGUGUUGGGGAUUCUGUUAGUGAUUUGCCCAUGUUGUUAAAAGCUGCACUCGGAAUCAUGAUGAAACCAAAGAAAUCAGUCUAUGACGUUUGCAAACGAUUCAACAUUCGUAUCGAGUCUUUAUCUGCAUACCAGGAAGAUGCUGAACGUCCUAUUGUGUAUAGUGUUGAUGGUUGGGAUGAGAUUCAUAGUACAUUGUUGAGUGGGGAACAAGUUGAGUUGACAGCUCAGGGAUGA